AUGCGUCUGGAUCACCUAGAAUCCAAGAAGACUUUAUACCAAAGUUGUAUUUCUAACAUCAAUCAAUACUUGCACAGUCUUUUUCGAAACUCGCGAUUCAAUGCCUCCUAUUUCUAUCUGGGAGAUCAAGUUACCAAAGAAACUCGCAAAGAAGAACCCCAACCCCAGUCUAAGCCAAAAUCCGAUGAGCAUCAUCAAGGAAAACCAAAAGUAAACCACGAGGGUAAUGAAGCUUCUGGGUCAAACGACAAAGGUAAAAUGAUCGAUGACGAUGAGGAAGAAGAGGUGUUAUCUGAAGGAGAGAAGCUUAUCAGGAAAAAGAGGGAUAAAGAGCUCGAUGAUAUUGAGCGUGUUCGUAAAGAACUUGAAGCUCAAGAAAGGGAGGUUGUGGCUGCGAAAUUUACUUUGAAGACACAAGAGUCCAUUUUUCCUCCAUGGAACAUGGAAAGGAUUCAAAAUGAGGCUAUCGACAAUCCAAGUUUGUAUUGGUUGGAGCCUUUAGUUUCUUUUGACCUGGUGAAUUCAACAGUGUCUCAAUUUGGCUUUCUAGUCACUCCAAGAGCAUUCUUAUUCAGAUGCUUUAAUCAUAUUGAGAGGGAAUCACUCUCGGAUUAUGAUGUUAAUCACAUGCUCUUCUCGUUCUAUAUCAAGUAUGGAAAGUCUCAACUUUAG